AUGCAGAAACACCAAAUCAAUGCAGAAACACCAAAUCAAUGCAGAAACAACAUACCAAUGCAGAAACACCAAAUCAAUGCAGAAACACCAAAUCAAUGCAGAAACAACAUACCAAUGCAGAAACACCAAAUUAAUGCAGAAACACCAAAUCAAUGCAGAAACAACAUACCAAUGCAGAAACACCAUACCAAUGCAGAAACACCAAAUCAAUGCAGAAACACCAAAUCAAUGCAGAAACACCAAACCAAUCCAGAAACACCAAAUCAAUGCAGAAAUACCAAAUUAAUGCAGAAACAACAUACCAAUGCAGAAACACCAAUUCAAUGCAGAAACACCAAACCAAUGCAGAAACACCAAAUCAAUGCAGAAACAACAAUUCAAUGCAGAAACACCAAAUCAAUGCAGAAACACCAAACCAAUGCAGAAACACCAUCAUCUCCGGAGUUCUUUAGCUGA